AUGAGCUUUCGGGGCAGCCGCUACAGAGACGAUGCCAGCAGCAGCAGCAACAGCAGCCACAGCAACAGCAGCAGCAACAGCAGCCACAGCAGCAGCAACAACAGCCACAGCAGCAGCAGCAGCAGCAGCACGAGCCAAAGCACCAGGCCCCAGAUGGUAGUAAAAGAAGAAUCCGAAGGAGCAGAAGGGAUCUUCCCUGCGUACGGCGCAGCAGCAGCAGGAUGCAGCAGCAGCAACAGCAGCAACAGCAGCAGCACGGCCACGCUGCAGCAACCCGACGACCUUUUGCUGCAGGUGCAGUCUGACGGGAGGCACAGCGAUGAGGGCCCACAUUUGACAGAAGGAGUAGUGCCAUCCUCAGCAGCAUCGGCAGCUGCUGCUUCGGCUUCUGUUGCUGCUGCUGCUGCUGCGGCGGCGGCGGCGGACAGUGCAGCAGCUGCUGCAGGUGCAGCAGCAGCAGCAGGACCAGACUGGAGGGCAGCAGACGACGAGACAGAGUCUCUGUAUUCUUAUUAUUCUGCGCCCGACUGCCUGCAGCGCGCAGACGCGAGCUGCUGCUGCAGUCCCGUUGCUGCUGCUUGCUGCAGCAGCCCCAGCAGCAGCAGCGACGCGGCAGCAGCCAAAGCAGCACCCGAGGAAGCCAGCAGCUUCAUCGAGUGCCUUAGGAGGGCUGCUAGCAGCACAGCAGCUCCCGUGCUGCAGAAGGCUGCGUCUGAAACCUACACGAAGCAGCAGCAGCAGCAGCUGCUGCCGCUGCCGAACAAGGAGCAGCAGCAGCGGCAGCGAUCGUCGCCUGUUCAGAGCGAAGCAGCAGCACAGAAUGGCGCUGCAGGCCCUUCGCUGCGGCAGCAACUGUGGCUGCCGCAGCAGUUCAUGCGGCAGCAGCAGCAGCAGCGGCAGCAGCAGCAGCGGCAGCAGCAACAGCAGCAGCAGCAGCAGCAGCAAGGGGAGGCCUCAAGUCCCCUCAUAAGAAAGAAGGACCUCCAGCUGAUGUACAGCGUCGUCACUGCCUCUGACAGCCAGAAGCAGCAGCAGCUGCAGCAGCAGCUGCUGCUGCUGCAGCUGCCACAGCAAGAGAGAGAACACCCCCCUUUGAGCUGCCGCUGGCCCGAUGCCACAGACCCCGUAGCAGCAGCAGCAGCAGCAGCAAUCUCGAUAAAGGGGCCCCCUCAGCUGCUGCACGGCAGCGCCCAUCAUGCAAACAGCGCCUGCCGUCGGUCUCGGAGGCCCUCGCUGCCGCUGCGCUGCCGUUUGCUGCAGCAGCCGCUGCUGCAGGAGCAGCAGCAGCAGCAGCUGCAGCAGCUCGGGGCGGCUUCCUACGAUUUCAGCGGCAGCAGCAACCAGCUGCUGUCUGUUGCUGCUGCUAGGCGCCGCUGCGUCUCCUGCGAUGAAGGCGCGCCUGACAAGCAGCAGCAGCAGCACCGGCUGCUGCUGCUGCUGCACGGACGGCCUGCCCUCAGCAGCAGCAGCAGCAGCAGCAGCAGCAGGUACGGCGACAGCAGCAGCCCCUCCGUUCGCGGCCGGCUAGGUGUACAGACACCCCAAACCACGGUGUCACUUCCUGCUGCAGAAACUGACACGCUGGGUGCAGAUACGCCGCUGGGAGCAGCAGCAGCAGCAGCAGCAGCAACAGCAGCAGCAACAGAAACAGAAGCAACCACGGCAACAGUAGCAGCAGCUCCUGCAGACCGGCAUGAAACAAAAACGGCGUUGGAGGCCGCUACGGUGACAGAGAGCAGCAGCAGCAGCAGCAGCAACAGCAGCAGCAGCAGCAACAGCAGCAGCAGCAGCAGCAACCUCCGGCCUCAGCUAGCUGUGGAAACGCGGAGCGCCAGUGCUACGCCGUGGUUGUCACCUGCAGCAUCAGUUGCUGCAGAGCCGCAAGUAGCAGCGGCUGCUGCAGCGGCAGCAGCAGCAGCAGCAGCGGCACACAAAGGCGGCGCUGCAACAAACCUAUUCCUGCAGCUUCCACCGCCACGGUCCCAAACAGCUGCGGGGGAGGUGGAGUGGACUGAAGUGCAGCGGCAGCAGCAGCAGCUGCUGCUGCAGCAGCCGCUGCAGCAGCUCCAGCUGCAGCAGCAGCAACAACAACAGCAACGCACAGCUGAAUCUCCACAUGAGGAUUCCUGGUGGGAGGGACGGAGGGCCACUGUCUGCACGGAAGCAGCAGCAGCAGCAGCAGCGCCAGCAGGAGCAGCAGCAGCAGCAGCAGCAGCAGCGGCUUCGCUUUCUGCUGCUGAUGGGACCCCUGGGCAGCAGCGGCCGCUGCACUUGCGGCACCCCACACCUUUGCUCGGGUGUACAGACAGCUCAGGCCCCGCAUGCAACAGCGCGUGGAGGACCCCCUGCAGCAGCGCAGCAGGAAGCAGCGCUGCUGCGACUCCAGGGAGUGCAGCAGCAGCAGCAUCUGCUGCUGCUGCUGGCUUCUUGUCGCCCCUAACAGCAAACAGCAGCUGCCUCAAUACCCCUUUCUGUCAAACGCCCACAGCUGUGGGGCCCCUCCGAAAAGAGGCCCCUUACCUCCAGCCUGUUUGCUUCCUGCCGCUGCCGCAGCAGCUGCAGCAGCAGCAGCAGCAGCAGCAGCAGGGCGACAGCCAGGUGGCCGCUCUUCUGCCUGGCAGCCGGGCGUCUGCUAGCCCGUUGACAACGCAGGCUCGGCUGCUGCAGGACCAGCAGCAGCAGCAGCAGCAGCACCUCAAGUCCCCGCAGCAGCAGCUUCAAGUGCAGCAGCAGCAACAGCAGCAGCAAGAGCAGCAGCAGCAAACGCUACAGGAAGGACCAGUCGAGUUCUUAAGCGUAUGUUUAGCUCCCAGCAACAGUGCAGCAGUAACGGCAACUGAUGUAGUGUCCCAAGCGCGGCAGCAGCAGCAGCAGCAGCACUGGAACAGCAGCAAGGAAGAUCUGUAUUCGUCGCGCGAUCUGGCUGGCUGCGUGGCAGACCUCAGCAGCAGCAGCAGCAGCAGCAGCAGCAGCGAGUACAGGAAUGUUUCAAACUGGGACCUUCUUUCCUUCAUUAGGGACGAGGCGUCAAGCCGUCGUGUCCGCCCAGCAGCAGCAGCAGCUGCUGCUGCUGCUGCUGCUUUUGCAGCAGCAGCUGCUGCUGCACCUCCUCCUUUCGGACGAAGGCCUGCCACAACUGUCCCUGCAGCAACAAUGCCAGCAGCAGCAGCAGCAGCAGCAGCAGCAGCAGCGCUGCAGGGAAGCUCUGACUUGUCAGUGCCGAAUGAAAGUGCACUUUUGAAGCGCAGGAGCGACGGAGUUGCGCUGCUCACAGAGACCCCAGCGAAGAGCCAGCAGCAGCAGCAGCAGCAACAGCAGCAGCUGCGUGUUUUGCUGCAGCAGCUGCAGCAGCAACAGACUGCAACAGCCUCAAACCGCAUCAUGUACGGCGUCAGCAGGGCUAGUAGUGUUUACACCGUGAUGGAAGGCCCCGAGCCUGCAGCAGCAGCAGCAGCAGCAGCAGCUGCUGCUGCUGCUGCUGCAAGCCCAUCAAAGCGCCACCGCAGCGACGGGUCACUUGCUCCUCCCCGCACACAAGUGUGGGGCCCCAUACCCCUUCAGGACUCCCUAAGGGCCUCUCCAGAAGUAGCCUCGCAGCAGCCACUGCAGCAGCUGCUGCAGCAACAGCAGCAGCAGCAGCAGCGGCAGAAUUUCGUGCCACCGGAUGACACACAUGCGAACAUACUCACUAUGAAGAGCCGCCAAGUCCCCGGCGAGCCACUGCUGUUGAAUCCGCCGCAGCAGCAACUGCAGCAACUGCAGCAAGUGCAGCAGCUGCAGCAGCAGCAGCAGCAGCUGGCUGGCUCGCUGCAGGGCUUCUGCGCUCGCCGUGGCCCUGCGGACCCGCUGCUGUGCAGCAGGGGCCCCUACGCAGCAGCAGCAGAUUACGGGGGCCCCUACUCGCCGCCCACGUGCGGCAGCCAGCAGCGGGCGUCGCCGCUGCAGCAGCAGCAGCAGCAGCAAAAGGCCAAGCUGCACAGGGGAGAGGCCUCCAUCCCCGAGACGCAGCUGCGGAGUUUGUUGCAGGUGCCUUACAAGUUAGAAUGUGUUGUUUACUUUGGGGCAGUGUUGUGUCUUGACGCGCUGCUGUACGAGGUCACAAUGAUGCCGCUGCAGGCCCUGCGCGUGCUGCUGCUGCUGCUGCUGCUGCUGCUGCGCCGCUGCUGCUGCUGCGCCAGGCGCUUGGGCCGGGCCUGCAGCGGCUCCCGCCUCCUCAGCAGCGCCCCGAGGCGGCUGCGUGCGGCACCGCGUGCUUUGGGGGCUGCUGCGGCUGCUGCUGCAGCAGCAGCAGCUGCUGCUGCUGCUGCAGCAGCAGCAGCAGCACUGACGCUCAGGCGAUGGGGGAGAAAAGCAGUGGCUCCACUCCUAGGGCGCUUCCGGCUGCUGAUGAGUUUUGCUGUGCUGCGGCAGCAGCAGGAGCAGCAGCCCCGGCGGCGCCUGUCGCACCCAGCGGCUGCAGCAGCGGCAGCAGCAGCAGCAGCAGCAGCGACUGCUGCUGCUGCUGCUGCUGCUGCUGCGGCACGCAAAAGAUCCGCCUCCUGCUGCAUCCCCUUGGGCCGCAGCCGCGGCCUCUCCAGCAACUUCGAAGCCCCCAGGGCCCCGCUGCGGCUUCGGGCAGCUAGUGCUUCUUGGAGUACUCAGCAGCCAAUUUCAGUGCAGCUGUCUGCUGCUGCUGCUGCUGCUGCUGGCGGCGGCGGCGGAGGUGCAGCAGGAGCAGCUGCUGCUGCUGCUGGGCGCAGCACGAGGAGAAGCGGGGGUCGUGGGGAGAGCAGCUCGUGGCCGCUGCUGCCGCCGGUUGGGACUUGCUCAGAAGCAGCGCCUGCAGCUGCUGCAGCAGCAGCAGAAGCAGCAAGAGCAGCAGCAGCAGGAGCUUCCGCACUGCCGCUGCGCAGCUCCCCGCGCCCGCGCCCAGUGAGGGCGUCCACUGUGGCCUCGCUGGCCACGCCACGGGCAGCAGCAGCAGGAACAGCAGCAGCAACAGCAACAGCAGCAGCAGCAACAGCGACUGCAGCUCGUGCAGCAGGACAGCCACAAGCCGCAGCAGCAGACGCAGAGUCUCGUCCCGUAGCUAACUUGAGCGCGUCUGCUCAGCAGCAGCAGCAGCAGCAGGAGCGGCAUUCAGGGGUGAAGCGCAGCUUCGACGCCGCCGCGGCUCCGCCCCCUCCUCCGCCUCCGCCUCCGCAGCAGCAGCAGCAGCAGCAGCAGCAGCAGGAGGCGGGAGUGGGUGGCUUGUGCAUAUCGGCGCCGGACUUGUGCGGGUUUUUGCGUUUUUCGGUGCUGGGGCUGUGCGCGCUGCUGCUGGGGUGUAUAGACACCUCAAUCGUGUACCACUGCAUCCGCGCGCAACCCUUCAUGAAACUUUAUGUCAUUUUCAACAUGUUGGACUUUUUCGAGAAGCUCUGGCGCAGCGUGGGCCGCGACGCCCUCGACGAGCUCAUGCGCCACGCCACCGGCCUCCUCCACGCGGCAGCAGCGCAGCAGCAGCAGCAGCAGCAGCGGCAGCAGCAGCAGCAGCAGCAGCAGCGGCAGCGGCAGCGGCAGCGGCGGUGGGGGGCGUGGGGCGGGAGGCGCAGGGGCAGUCAGGGAGGCGCUGCUGCGGAGGAGGAGGGGGAGGCGGCUGCUGCUGCUGCUGCUGCUGCUGCAGCGAAGGAGGACCGCUGGGCUGCAGUGGCUGCUGCUGCUGAGCGCGCUGCAGCGCUGCUCUCCCCCAGAAACGUCUGGGUCCGUUUGCUGCUGCUCUAUGGUGGGGUUGUUGUUUAUGUUCUUGUGCAUGCGCUGAUGCACCUCAUUCGAGUCCUCAGCCUCAACAUUGCCAUCAACUCCUCGGAGUCCGCGAUGUUCCUGAUGCUGGUGACGAACAACUUUGGAGAAAUAAAGUCUUCCGUUUUCAAAAAGUACUCUGCAGUGCAGCUCUACUCCGUUGUUGCUGAAGACACAGUAGAGCGUUUUCAUCUUUGCUGCGAUGCUUUUAUUGUUUCCCUCAAAGUCGCAACUGCUGCUUCCGCCAAAACUGUUUCCCCCGCCGGCGUCUGCAGCUGGCUGUGUGGGGUCUUCUUGCUAGAGAUGUGUGUGGACUGGUUUAAAUAUAUUUUCCUUGUCAAGUUCAACAAGAUACCCGUCGAGUCCUUCGCGCACUACCAAAAUGUGCUGAUAGCUGAUGUGCUUCUGGCGCGAGUGCCUGCGGCUGCUGCACUUAUUCCUAAAUUUGUCUAUUCUGUUCCUUGCUGGGGCUGCUACUCAUUUUCUCAUAUUCCCGCGAGGCGGAUUGGCUUCAUGUCGAUCCACAUAGUUACCCUAAUAAGUUGUGUGCUGCCCAAGGUCAGCUGGAGGUCUGCCUCAGCUGUUGCAUGCGCUGUGGUUGUGUGGCUUUGUCUUUUGGGACUUAAGGUGCUGCUCUCUCUCGUGGUCGUCGCCUUCGCCAUUAAACGCCGCAGCCGCCUCACCUCCAUUGAGGAGUCCAUGACGAAGAUAAACGGCCACGGCCGGAGAGCCAGGCAGCAGCAGCAGCAGCAGCAGCAGCAUGAACAGCAGCGGAAGCAGCAUCAGCAGCAGCAGCAGUACCAAAAGCAGCACCACCACCAGCAGCAGCGUCAGGAGUACCAGCAGCAACAGCAGCAGCAGCAGCAGAAGCAGCAGGAGCAGCAAAAGUAA